AUGUCCUCCCGUGAAGGCCGUGGCAACAAACGGACCUUUUUCGAUAUCACAAUUAAUGGAGAACCGGCUGGAAGGAUCGUGUUUGCGCUCUACAAUCAUAGCUGUCCAAGUACAGCCGAGAACUUUCGUGCUCUGUGCACUGGCGAGCUUGGUCAACUCUACGGACACAACGCCUCGUAUCAAGGAUCGAUCUUCCACAGGUGCAUUAAAGGAUUCAUGAUCCAAGGAGGAGACCUCACCCACAAGAACGGUCAAGGAGGAUUUUCGAUUUAUGGCCGCACAUUCGAUGACGAGAAUCUCUCCUUGCCUCACAAUAAGCCAUUCCUUCUGUCGAUGGCUAACAGAGGUCCGGAUACCAAUGGAUCACAAUUCUUUAUCACUACCGAGAAGGUUCCGCAUCUUGAUGGCAAGCAUGUCGUGUUUGGAGAGGUGGUAAAAGGCUUUGAUGUUGUUAAAAGAAUUGAGAAAGUGGAGACUGAAGAGGAAGAUAUGCCAGUACAACGAGUAACCAUUGCGCAUUGUGGAGAGAUGGUCCGCAAAUCAGAUGUAAUGGCUUCUGACAAGAAGAAGAAACAAGAUGAGCAGGGUGCUGAGCCAGAACCGGUUGGAUGCAAAAUGGAUGAUGAGCCAAAAACAGUUAACUGGUUGAUGCGUCGAUCCAGAUCCAGAACCCCAGAAGAUAGCAAGAAAAGCAAAAAGGACCGCGAGAGAGGUGGCAAUCGUGGCGAUCGUAGACGUCACGACCGCCAACGUGACCGUUAUGGUCGUGAACGCCGUUCUCGUUCAAGAAGUGGUAGCAGGGAUCGCCAUCGUGAUCGUGAACGUAACCGUGUUCCAGAUGAGAGAAGAUCCGGAAAAAGACCGGUGAGUAUUCCUAUUUCAAAAGCUGACUGUGAAGUGAACAAAUAUGAGCGUGAGCUUGGUGACUGCCAAGAGAUUCUAGUCAUCACCAACAAGGAUGGAAUCAAGGUUCGUGGACGAGGAAAGCUCACUUUCAUGGGAUCAAGAGACCGAUCAACGACUCCACCGCAUUGGAAGCGUGAAGAGAGCAAGAAACUGACCCUGGAGGAACAUCAGAAGCGCCAGGAAGAGAUGGAGGAAAGAAAACGAUUGCGAGCUGAACGUGAGAAGGAGGACGUUGAAAGAAAAGAACGCGAAGAGAAAGAGGCUAUGGAAAGGGCAGCUCAGCGCGAGCUGGAACGCCAGGAGGAAGAAGAGGCCAGAAAAAGAAGCAGAUCCAAUUCUCCACAGUCUCCAAGAGUCAAACAAGAACUAAUGUCGCAACGUCAAGAAUCGAAAGCGGAAUCCAACUCUUCUAGAUCAUCUUCUUCAUCAUCUGGCUCUUCAUCGUCGUCGGAUUCCGACUCGGAUUAG